CUGGACUCGACUCGACUCAGCCCAAAUUCACUCUUGAUGACUGUAACUGCUUCCGAGUUUCCGCCGUUCAUUUUUGCUCAGCUUACUACAGUGCGCUGCUUUCUUCUCAUCGACGUCUUCUACAUACAAGAUGGCCCCCCGAGCCCUACGGAAACUGCAGCGCGAGCAAGAACUGCAGAGGCAGGUCGCCGCAGCCCACAAAACAUACGAUGAGGAUACCGAGGAAUCGGAGGAGGAACAAGAUGCUGAGGAAGGAAUUUCCACGCCAUCCCGGCCUACCAAUGCUUUUGACAUGUUGGAGCAAGUAGAAGAUGAGGAACCUUCAGACACGGAUGAGGGGGAGACGACGGCCCAACCAGCCCCAAGCGCACAUUCUCCAGACGACAUCCCCCGAGCCAGUGAAGUGACCGCGGUAAAGAGCAAAAGCAAAAAGAAGAAGAAGAAAGCCAAAGGCAAGAAGAAGGACAGCAGCAAAGGCCCCACACCUGCGGAACGAAAGGACGAGUCCGAAGAUGAAAUCGAUCGGGCCUUGAAAGAGUUAGCCAUCAAGGAUGCCCAAGGGAGACCCGCCACAACCGACAGCCAACAGACCCCGGAUUGGGAAGCCACAGCGACGAGGCUACUCGCUGUCGAUUCACACAAUUUCAAUCCCACGAAUGAGAUGAAGAGCCUGUUCGGCAAUAUCGCUUUGGAAGGACAAGAGUCAAGGUCCGCCCCGCGCAACCAACGGCGACGUGAGCAGAAUCUACAAGGAGGAGUCGACCUCGCUACAGCCCUAACUGGGAGGUAUUGUGUAGCAAGUAAAGGCAAAGAACUUGGCUCCCUUGCGCAUAGGCGCAAUGUUUUCGUGCAGGGGAAGGAGGAGUGGCCCUUGGCGACCAGUGGUGGACUGAGCAUGGAGCAUGUCCCCGAUCCGACGACCUUUGAGAAGCGCUAUAACAUCAUGCACAACAACUUGUACCGAGAGGCGCAGAUGCACUUCUUAAUGGCGGUGGAGUCGAUGGAUCCACAGAAGAUGGUUGGCUUGCUAUCCAUGUACCCCUAUCAUAUCGCCACGCUGCUUCAAGUAUCGGAAAUCGCCAAACAUCAGGGCGACCAUGCAGUGUCCGGCGACUUGAUCGAGCGAGCAUUGUAUACCUAUGGCAAAUCCGUUCACAGCUCUUUCCCUGCGUCCAUGAGGAGCGGCGUUGCCCGCGUGCCCUUUGAAAAGCCAGCAAAUCGCGAACUUUAUCUGGCGAUAUGGCGAUAUAUCAGAAACCUCGAAAUGAGAGGCACGUGGCGGACGGCUUUUGAAUGGGCCAAGCUACUUCUUCAGCUGAACACAAAAACGGAUCCUUAUGGGGUGACGUUGAUGAUCGACCAGCUCGCAUUACGAGGUCGCCAACAUGCACAGCUGAUUGAACUAUGUUCAGAUGAUGGGUAUGGACCUUCGUGGGAUUUUUUGCCCAACAUCCAGAUAUCUCUGGCCCUAGCGUACCACAGGGCAGGCCGACCGAGAGAUGCAAGGGAACAGCUUGCAGUUGCGAUGCACAAAUACCCCUAUAUCCUCUCUGCGCUGGCCACGGCUCUCGACAUUUCCCCACUCCCAAAGGCCAUUUGGGCGAAACUACCUUCCACCGAUGCCGAAAAGUUGCACACGCAACUCUACGUCACCCGAGCCAAGGACCUUUGGAACACUCCCGAGACCAUCAGCCUUCUCGUCGAGGUGGCCGAGACACUAUCUCACUACAGAGCGGCGAUAGCAUCUGCACCGCCCGCGCCCACGUUGGAAAUCUCGCUCGAAGAAGCCCGACAUAUCAUGCUGCUGGAGAUCCCGGCGCUCAUUGCCCUCCUUCCCCGCCGAUUCACGAGUAUGCCAACCUCGUCAUUUGACGUUCUGCCGCCGCCCGACUCAUUAUCGGACUUCGUCUUCCGAGCACCUGCAGCGGCUAGACGCGGCGACGGGACCAUGCAAACCAUCUUCAACGCCGCCGGCGCGACGGCAGGUGCGACAGGCAGUUUGUUACAACGCAUCAUGAGCUGGUUCCAGACACCUGCGGGGCCUGGCGAUGUUGACGGCGAGUCCGAGGGCCAGGCGGCUCUGCGCAACUUGCAAGAACAGCUUGGUGGCGAUGUGCCGCCCGAGAUGAUCGAGCAGCUCCUCCAGAUCCAUUUGGACGAGGCUACCGACCAGGACCAGCAGGGCGUCAAUCCUGCUGGACUCGGAAUGGCCGGAGGGUGGGACUACUACGAAGAAGCGGACCAGAACAAUCCGACAGAGGACGAUGACGCCGACAGCAUGCCUGAUCUCGAGCCCAUUUCAGAUGACGAAGAACAACCACAGCAGCCACAGCCGAGUGCGUCUCGAAACCCUCGUGCCGCUACUGUCGAAGAGGACGAAGCCGAAGACGAAGCAGAGCACGGCGCUGCACAGUCUUCACGCGGUACCCUUGGCCGCGCGGUGCUUCGCCAUGUUGAUUCUGAUGAUGAGGAAGAUGGGGGGGAGCCAGCUGCCACCACCACGGGGGCUCAGCAACGGACGCAGCCUCAAUCUGCUGCUGCACCAGACACUGCUAGUGCCGACCAGUCGACACAAUUCAGCGACCCGCAGCGAGUGCAGCGCUGGCUGCUCACCGCCGGGCUGACGGAUCUCCAGUCCAAUCCGGACACGUUGGACACUUAUGUCUCGCGACUCAAGUCCCUGCGUAAACCGCAGCAAGACUGGGUCGUGAAUAUGGUGCGCCAGCGCGCCGGUCCGGACCUGGAGGCCAGGCUGAGGCGAGCAAUGGGCUGAAUUUGAAUUCUGCGGCACUGGCACUUCCAAUUAGAGGAUGGGAUGAUGAAUUUUCAUGAGGUAAAGCGGAUAUGGAAUAAUGAUGACUCAAAAAGUAAAGGUUCCCAACGAAAUCACCCCAGUUGAGACGAAGUGCGUUCCUAGAAGUGAGAGCGUUGGAAAACAGGACGGAUCAUUGGUUGCAGACAGUGACUCGCUGUCUGCUCACCUCACCUGAUCAAUACUGGAGGUAAAAGAUGUUGGCCGCUGCCGCCUGCUUCUGCUUUCUGGAGAGGGUAGGCACUACUAUACUGUACCGUAGCAUUGGAUAGAGAAGCAUCGUCCCCCGGUUCGCUGGGCUUGCAGCCACAUCUGAAGACCAGAUUGCAAUCAAAGGAUUCCACAGUCCUACUAUUGGCACUAGUCCUCUGUGAGCCUCGUUAAUUGCAAAUUCGCCUUGCGCAUCAGCG